AUGGAGUCUACCGCAAGAAAAGGCAAAUUUGCCACUAAGAAAAGAAAGUUCGUCGCUGACGGAGUCUUCCAAGCUGAGCUCAACGAGUUCCUCACCAGAACCCUCGGAAGAUAUGGGUAUGCCGGUAUUGAGGUCAGAAUUAACAAUGUUGGUACUGAAAUCAGAAUCCGUGCCUCAAAGGCUGAAGAUAUUAUGAAGGGACAGAAGAAGAUCAGAGAAAUCAAGAGUUUGAUCGAAAAGAGAUUUAACUACUCUGAAGCCAACAAAUUCGAUAUUAGAAUUGUCCCACUCCCAGCCACCGCUCUCUGUGCUGCCUGGCAAGCUGAGAAUAUUAAAGCCAAAUUGUUGCAAGGUACUCCAGUCAGACUAGUUGUUUCCCAAGUUCUCAACAACGUGAAAAGAACCAACAUUGCUAAGGGUGUCGAAGUUAUUAUUUCUGGAAAGGUCAGAGGACAAAGAGCCAAGGCCCAGAAGUACAAAUGGGGAUACUUGGUAACUACUGGACAGCCAAAACAUGACUUCAUUGACGAAGCCAUCAGACACGUUGAGUUGAGACAAGGAGUAUUGGGAAUCAAGGUUAAGAUCUUCGUUGAUAACCAGGGAAGAAAGAAGGACGGAAAGAUGCUUCCAGAUUACGUAAAAAUUCACGAACCAAAGGAAGAUAUGUUCAAGCAAGGUCAGAAGCCAACCACCUCCACUCCUCAAUAAACACUCCUGUACGGUUCAAUUAUAAAACUUUGAAUGGG